AUGGUUUCAUUCUCUCGCAUUGCUGUUGCGGUUGCUUUCAUUCUUCCUGCAAUUCUCGCCGCUCCACUUCCCCUUGCUGAACCUGGCAAUCGUCUCGGCAUUGGCGGUACUUCUACUUUCGUUCCAAUCAGACACAACAAGCGUGAGCCUACUCCAGAGGCCGACCCUGGAAACAGACUUGGUAUCGGCGGAACCUCAACCUUCGUUCCUAUCCGCCACAACAAACGUGAACCAGCACCCGAAGCCGAACCCGGAAACAGACUCGGCAUUGGCGGGACUUCUACUUUCGUUCCCAUCCGCCAUAACAAGCGUGAGCCAGCACCAGAAGCAGAUCCAGGAAACAGACUCGGCAUCGGUGGCACUUCAACCUUUGUCCCUAUCCGACACAAUAAGCGCGAUGCAGAGGCAGAGCCAGAAGCAGAGGCCAUCAUCGAAACCCGCGAGCCAGGCAACCGUCUCGGCAUAGGUGGAACCCCAACAUUCGUUCCCAUCCGCCACAACAAACGCGAGCCUGAAGCCGAUGCCGAUGCCGAUGCCGAGGCUGAAGCUGAAGCUGCUCCAGAGUUAGAAGUUGAAGCCGAAGCUAUCAUCGAGACCCGCGAGCCUGGAAACAGACUUGGUAUCGGUGGAACUCCUACCUUCGUUCCUAUCAGACACAACAAGCGCGAAGCUGAAGCUGAGGCUGAGGCUAUUGUUGAGACUCGCGAGCCUGGAAACAGACUCGGUAUUGGUGGAACCUCGACCUUUGUCCCUAUCAGACACAACAAGCGCGAGCCAGAGGCUGAAACUGAGGCUGAGGCCGAGUUCGAGACUGAGCAUUGA